AUAAAGUAGAUCACGGCUGGAUUGACACCAGCAGUGCGUGCGCUUUCUUCCGCCUCGCGCUCUCCCCCCUCUGCUCGCCGUGGGGGGAAUGAGGGCUGCAACACAAGACGCCAUGCAAUAGACGAGGGAAAAGCACCGCAGAUGCAGCUUGGGGUCCCCGGCGGGCGCCUUUCACCAUGAUGAAGAAGAAGAAAUUCAAAUUUAAAGUGGAUUUUGAUCUGGACGAGCUGUCUUCCGUGCCGUUCGUCAACGGCGUCCUCUUCUGCAAAGUCAGGCUGCUGGAUGGUGGCUUUUCGGAGGAGUCCUCCCGGGAGGUGGUCCAGGCUAACUGCGUGCGCUGGAAAAAGACCUUCUCCUUCCUGUGCAAGAUGAGUGCCAGCACUGGCACGGGGGUGCUGGACCCCUGCAUGUGCCGGGUAUCCGUGCGCAAGGAGCUGAAGGGUGGGAAAACCUAUGCAAAGCUUGGCUUUGUGGACCUUAAUCUGGCUGAGUUUGCCGGCUCAGGGAGUACCACUCGGAGGUGUUUGCUAGAAGGGUACGACACCAAGAACACGCGGCAGGAUAACUCCAUACUCAAGGUGGUGAUCAGCACGCAGCUGAAGUCAGGAGAUCCCUGCUUUAAAACGCCCUCCUCCACUGCCACGUAUGUAGGGCUGCAGGGGGACGGAGACCACCUGCACGAGGACAGGAAAGGGGGCGACACUCAAAAGCCUUUCCUGGGGAUAUCAGAGACCCCCGGAAAGUGCACCUCUCUUCCCGACGAACUUGGGGGAUACAGUCACUCCAGAACCUCCAGCUACGCUAGUCAGCAGUCGAAAGUUUCAGGAUACAGCACGGGGCAUUCCCGCUCCUCCAGCCUCUCCGAGUUUUCCCACCGGAGAAACACCUCGGUAAGCAGCACCUCCACGGGCAUCGGCAGCAUCCCAGAACCCAGCGAGGACCGCGAGUCCAGAACAGCGCCCUCUAGUGCCACGGGGGCCGCUUGUGCCGCCGUGCCGGAAGACCCUGACAGCCCCAUUCUCUCGUCUAAGAUUCCCGUCAAGCAGGACUCCGUGGAGUCGCAGCUGAAGCGCGUAGAUGCCACCAGGGUGGAUGCUGAUGACGUUGUGGAAAAGAUCCUACAGAGUCAGGAUUUCACUCCCGGCUUAUUGGAUUCCAGUGCAGAAGAGGAAGGUCUUCGCUUAUUUGUUGGCCCUGGGGGGAGCACAGCCUUUGGCAGCCAUCAUCUCCCCACCAGGGUUGGUGCAGGCGCAUAUGAACAGGUGGUGAUAAAGCGCUAGCAGUACAGAACGCCAGAAGGUGGAGUGACAAAAGCCUGUACAAACUUCAUCCCAAGAACCACAUUUACCAAAAUACAAAUGAGGUCUGUGCGGCUUCCUGCAGAGAGAGCCUGAGAGUGACAGCGCCAUCUGGUGUCGGAGGAGGGGAGGUCAAUUGAAGUCAGAUAUUUUAAAAAGCUAGGCCAAAGCCAGAAGAGCCAGAUCUUUGGGUGUUUGUUAAAGUACCGUGUGAUGCUCUGUGCCAUUCUUACAGUUUUACCGUGAAAUGCAAAACACCCCAAACUCCUAAUGAAGUGGUGGGACAGAAUUCUGCCCUUUUCCCGGCCCCCCGUUUGCACGCCAACAUUCCUGUUGGGUGAACAUUGAUCCGGAGAUCUCCAGACGCUCUUCUUAUUUCCAUCGGUGUGUUGCUGCACAGCGUUUGUGCGACUUCUGUGCAAGUGAGAUGAGCAGAAGCUCGGCGGUAGAGCAGAGCUGAGGCAGAACCUUCACCAUGCCCUGAUCCAGUGGGCUGGAACACGGCAGACAGUGUUGAUGGGAUGACAGGAAGUCAUAAAUGAAAAUACUUCAGGUCGGUCCUAAGCAAACAGACGCCAAUCCUAGGAGGAUUGCACAGCUAUAGAAGGGUUUUUCUCACUCAGAAUUAAAAGCAAGCCGGGUGGCUGUUCCAUAACCACAUUUUUGCUUGUGAUUAAGGCUUCCCUCCAGUAGCUGCUCUCAUUUCUGUUGAUUAUGGUCGUGCGCCUGUGGUACUAGCAUGUGUGUGUACGUGUGGUACUAGGUGCUAGCUAGCCACUCCUUUAAGUGUAACUGACACGUCCCGUGACCUCGAUGUACUUGUAAGAGUUCAGUUUAGUGCUGUAUUUCCAACAGGCGUAGGAGCUUUGAGAUAGCCCACCUAUAUUGGCAAACAUAAGGGGUUAUGAAAGCAAUUACACUUCAAAAGCGACAGUGGGCGGGAUCAUGUCCAUGACAAUGCUGGACCUCAUUCUCCUGUGGACCAAAGGAGUGACUGAAAGUGUACAUGAAUUCCCCCAAGUGUGGAUUCUGACACAUCAGUAUCUAGGGUUUCCUGAGGCCAUAUCUGAGGACGUACCGCCUUCCGGAGGAGUCUCUUUUUUCAACGAGGCUUUAUGAUGGAAUGAUGGAAUUCCUGAUGGGAUUCUUCUGUCGGCCUGUGGUGCGUCGGCUUCAGUGUCUGCGGAACCUCAGCCGAUUCAUCUCUGCGCUCGAGUGAAGCCCCAAGCAGCGCCGAUGGGAGGCCGCGCUUCACUGAGAAAAGCAUCUCCUGAGUGAAUGAGUCUCAUAGCACAGAGAUAAUGAAAUGUAACCUGACUUUUGUAACUGGAACUAUACAUUAUUGAUUUGCUUUUGUCUAUUUAUUUAAAAAUAGUAAAACACUUAAAAAUCAUCAGAUCACCAUUUCUCACCUGGUGGGCUGUGGGACCAUGUUCGAUGGGUCGUGGAUUUCAUGGUAAAUUUUUUAUUUUUUUUCUGUUUUGGCUUGGUUAGAUUUAAUUGCCUCAAGCCCCCCCUCCAGUGGGCAAGUUUAACAACCAGCACACGCCUCCCAGUCAGAAAGUUUUAUGGCUUAAAUGUAUAUUGCAUAUUUUGCUGUGGCUUAAUAACCCAGGACUCCUGCCUCACACUUCCACACCUGGGGUUUGAAUCUUCUGCCAUGACUCCAUGUGUGUGGAAUUUCUACGUAUCUCCUUAUGUCAUCCUGGGGUUUCCUCUAGGUAUUCCGGUUUUCCCCCAAAAACAUGCUGGAAUGAAUUGGAGUUCAGUAUGAAAUUGCCCAUUGAUGUGAAUGUGUGAGUGAAUGAUUAUGGAAAAACUGAUGUCACUGUAGGAAAAUCUCAAAGGAACUUCUACUCCUGUAGCUGGGUUAUUCCCUGCUUCGCGUCCGUAGCUUAUGGGAUGGGCUCCGGAUCCCCAGAACCCUGCAUGGUACAAGCGGAUAUAGGAGAUGGAUGGAUGGAUGGAUGGACGGACUAAAUAACCUAGGGAGAAUAUGGGUUCUGAGACUAAGCCAAUUCAGGACCACUGCUUUAAAUGAUCAGACCCCUGCGUCUCAUGCUUUGUCAGAGAGAGCAUUACCUUGUGAAGUGACUCGUAAGACCUGCUUCAUUUUCCAUACACUAAACUUUAACUGCACCAUUAAGAGACUUCCGGUACAGAUUACUAUGUCGCACCUGACUUCCUCUGGCCGACGAAUCAUAUUCAAAACUGUACGUGGUUUAUUGCUAUAAGGUGUUGUUCAGUUGACCUGUUCAUCGAUGAGCUGUAUCCUUGACGUCAGAAAUGCCUUUUGAACCAAUGUUGGUUUUCUAUUGCACUAUAUAUAAUUAUACAUGUACCGUGUACUGUUCAUUACAAUAAAUAUCAAACAGUU